AUGGCACCUAUAGCUUUGUCAUCUUCCAAGGAGGAAAACAGAAUCUCCUUAUCCGAGUAUGUCUUUAGAAGGAUUGCUUCUCUUGGGGUGCACUCCGUUUUUGGAGUUCCCGGAGAUUUCAAUUUGGAGUUUUUGGAUUUCAUUUACAAUGUUCCAGAACUCAAAUGGUACGGAACAUGCAACGAAUUAAAUGGUGCCUAUGCUGCAGAUGGCUACUCAAAAAGAAGUGGGAAGCUAGGUGUUCUUGUUACCACGAUGGGAGUGGGAGAAUUGAGUGCCAUGAAUGGAAUCAGUGGUAGCUAUGCAGAAUACGUUCCAAUCCUUAGCAUAGUUGGUACAACACCAACAACCGCAAAAAUGCAAGGUCUUCCAAGUCAUCACCUCAUUACACAAUUGAAUCCAUUGGAAAAAAACGAUCAUUAUGUUUAUCAAAAGAUGGCCGCAAGCAUUUCUUGUAAUGUUACCAGUAUUGAUGACCCAUUUGAAGCACCAGAUAUGGUUGAUAACUUGAUACGUGAUAUAUUGAAAGAAAAGAAGCCUGGCUAUCUUUAUAUACCAUGCAAUCUGGCAAGUGUUCCUGUUUCUGAUUUGAACUUGAGAACAACAUCUGGAAAAUUCUUCUUCGAGAAAGAAUUGUGCUGUGACCAGGUCAUGGUUCAAAAUCUUGCCGCAAAGAUUUUAGAUCUGAUUUAUAUGUCACAUAAACCAUUUGUUUUAUCUGAUUGUCUAGUGGACAGAUUGCGCAUUUCACAUGAAAUUCAGGAGUUUGUGGACAAAGCAAAAUUACCAAAUUCAUGUACACAAAUGGGAAAGUCCACAUUGAAUGAGCAGAGUUCAUAUUAUAUUGGAGAUUAUAGCGGAGAUGAAACUUCAAUAAAGACAAUGAACUAUGUCUCUUCUUGUGAUUUGAUGAUUCACAUGGGAAAUUUUGACAAUGAAACGAACUCUGGGCAUUUUAGUAUUCAUAAGGAAUUCGAUGACAAGAAAUCAGGAAAGACUCUUAUUAUUCUUAAUCACAAGUAUAUUAAAAUUGGAUCAGAGCUUUUCUAUGGGUAUUCAAUUUUAGACGUGCUACCAGAAAUGCUUCGAAUGUUGGAUACUUCAAAACUUCCUCAAGUACCAGCACCAUGUAUCCAGAAUAUAAUUCCAGCACAUAAAUCAUCGACACCGAUUUCAGAAACUGAUGUAUUGAAAGGGAUUCAAACUCUUUUAAAGCCAAAUGACACGUUGAUCGUUGAUACCGGUUCAAUUUUGUACGGAAUUUCAGACAUUAGGUUACCAAAAGGAUGUAAGGUUCUCACACAGCCAUUUUAUCUUUCUAUUGGAAUGGGACUACCUUGCUCAUUUGGAGCAAGUGUAGCCAAUAGAGAGCUCGGAAAUAAGGGAAGAAUCAUUCUUGUUGAAGGAGACGGAGCUGCUCAGAUGACUAUUCAAGAGUUUUCAAACUUCAACAGAGAAGGGUUGAACCCACUUAUUCUUCUAUUGAACAACGAAGGUUACACGGUUGAGAGAGCAAUUAAGGGACCGACAAGAGGUUAUAAUGAUAUUAGACCAAAUUGGAAGUGGACACAGCUUUUUGACACUUUCGGCAUGAAAGAUUAUAAAUGCCAAAGAGUUGAUACACCAGAUGAACUAUCAAAAACCUUAAAAGAAUUUGGCAGUGACAACUCAUGCUCUAGAAUGAUCGAAAUCGGUCUAGCUAAGUUGGAUGUUCCAUGGAGAAUCAACGGUAUGGUUUCUCACAAGAAAUAG